AUGGCAAGCGCCUCUCCUGAACAGAAUCAAAAUCACUGCUCAGCGGUGAACAGCAGCAGCCCGCUGGUGCAGGGCAACCUCCCCACCCUGACCUUAUCUGGGAAGAUCCGAGUGACAGUUACUUUCUUCCUUUUUCUACUCUCUACAAGUUUUAAUGCUUCUUUCUUAUUGAAACUUCAGAAGUGGACUCAAAAGAAAGAGAAAGGGAGAAAGCUCUCGAGAAUGAAGGUGCUUUUAAAACAUCUGACCUUAGCCAACCUGUUGGAGACCCUGAUUGUCAUGCCGCUGGAUGGCAUGUGGAACAUGACGGUCCAGUGGUAUGCUGGAGAGUUCCUCUGCAAAGUCCUCAGCUACCUGAAGCUUUUCUCCAUGUAUGCCCCAGCCUUCAUGAUGGUAGUGAUCAGCCUGGACCGCUCCCUGGCCAUCACGAGGCCUCUAGCUAUGAAAAGCAAUGGCGUUGGACAGUCCCUGAUUGGCUUGGCCUGGCUCCUCAGUGGUAUCUUUGCUGGACCACAGUUAUAUAUCUUCAGGAUGAUCCACUUAGCCGAUAGCUCUGGACAGACAGAAGGUUUCUCUCAGUGUGUGACACACUGCAGUUUCCCGCAAUGGUGGCACGAAGCCUUUUAUAACUUCUUCACCUUCAGCUGCCUCUUCCUCAUCCCUCUUCUCAUCACGUUAAUCUGCAACGCAAAAAUCAUCUUCACCCUGACGCGGGUCCUUCAUCAGGAUCCUCACGAGCUACAACUGAAUCAAUCCAAGAAUAAUAUACCAAGAGCUCGGCUGAGGACCCUAAAGAUGACGGUUGCAUUCGCGACCUCAUUCACUGUCUGCUGGACUCCCUACUAUGUCCUAGGAAUUUGGUACUGGUUUGAUCCUGAAAUGUUAAACAGGGUGUCAGAUCCAGUAAAUCACUUUUUCUUUCUCUUUGCUCUUUUAAAUCCAUGCUUUGAUCCCCUCAUAUAUGGAUAUUUCUCUCUGUAA